AUGGUUGGCGCCGUCGUAUCAGCCAAUCCACUACAACUAGAUGUUCGUAGUCACAUAAAGUGUCUUGCCAUCUGUUGUGUGAUAACCAUCUCAAGCUUUCAAUAUGGCCUCGAUUAUGCCCUCGUUGGUGGCUUCAUGGCCAUGCCCGGAUUUUUGCAAGUUUUCGGUUACUAUAACGAAUCGACCAAGGCAUGGGCCAUUGACCCGACUGUUCAACAAUUGAUCUCAUCUUUGAUGACAAUUGGGACUUUCGUGGGUUCGCUCUCAGUUGGAGCAUUCAGUUCUAAAUUUGGACGUAGACACGGCUUGUGGUCUGCGGCUAUUCUGAACUUCAUUUCGACGGCGGUUAUGAUUGGCACGACCAAUCUCGGGGCGCUCUACUUCGCACGCUUUGUUCUUGGAAUUUCCGUCGGAUGGUUUCUCACAUUUGCUCAGGUCUAUAUUAGCGAAGCAGCACCAGCUCAUCUUCGAGGUGUCGUGUUUGCCGUUUACCAAUGUCAACUCUCUAUUGGCUCUAUCGUCGGAGCUUCAAUAGAUUAUGGGACGCACCUUAUGCUUAGCAAACAAGCAUACCAGAUUCCACUUGCGAUGUUCUUCGUUGCUCCCGGUAUCCAGACGAUUGCACUUUUCUUCUUUCCGGAAAGUCCGCGGUGGCUUAUGACCCAAGGAAACGAGGCAGCGGCGGAAUCAUCGUUGCGGAGACUACGCAACAUGAACAUUGACGAGGCAGAAUUUCAAGCCGAGUUCAACGAAAUUAAAACUUCGACUGCGCAACAAAUUGAUUAUCAUCGCGGGAAGCACCUAUGGAUUGAGAUGUGGAAGGGUGUAAAUCUUCGCCGAUCUCUCCUCUCAAUAUCUGUUAUCUGCUUCCAUUGCGCUAACGGUUCCUCUUGGGUCAAUAUUUAUGGAGUAUAUUUCCUCACGGUAGCAGGAGUUAAAGAGGCCUUUGCCUUUUCCACCAUGAUAACAUGCAUGGGACUCCUUGGUGUCUUAGCCAGCUCUUUUGUCGUUCGUCACAUUGAUCGUCGUGUUAUAUUGCUUGUUGGUGUAGGCGCAUGCGGUUUAUGUCAGCUUGCGUUCGCUGUUGCUUGGACAGCAGCUCCGGGGACUGCAGUCGCUGGAAAGGUGGUUGUUGCUUUUAUCUCACUUUUUACCUUCUUCUACACAGCUUAUGCACCUUACGCCUGGCUUUUGGGAGGCGAAUUGCCCGAUAACCAUCUUCGAGCUCACACUUAUGGUCUGGGAACCGCUCUUAACUUCCUUGGAAACUGGUUGGGUGUCUUUACUGCACCAUAUUUUAUAAAUCCGGCGAGUCUGGGGUGGAGCGCUAAAUAUGGGUAUAUCUGGUUCGGAUCUAAUAUGGUGGUGUUUAUUUUCACUUGGAUAUUCGUACCCGAGACACGAGAUCGAACGUUAGAGGAGAUUAACGAAAUGUUUUUGCCGGAAAAAGAUAUUGAAUCAGAAAAGGAAAAGAAUUAG